AUGAAGUUCUCCGCCGUUUCCUUCAUGGCCGCCCUGGCUGCGGCGUCGCCCACCAACACCAUCAACGCCCGCAACGAGCUCGCCCUUCGCCAGGCUGCCGAGGCUUGCAACAUCGGUUACUGCACCCAGAACGGCGGCACCACCGGUGGUGCCGGCGGUACCAGCGUCACCGUCAAGACCGUCGAGGAGCUCGUCGCCGCUGCUAAGCAGGAGGGCCCCCUUACCAUUGUCAUCUCUGGUGCCAUCUCGGGCAGCGCCAAGGUCCGCGUCUCUUCCGACAAGACCAUCAUCGGAGAGAAGGGCAGCUCCCUGACUAACGUCGGUCUCUACGUCCGCCGGGUCAAGAACGUCAUCAUCCGCAACCUCAAGAUUGGCGGUGUCAAGGCCUCCAACGGCGACGCCAUCGGCAUCGACGAGUCCACCAACGUCUGGGUGGACCACUGCGACCUGUCCGGUGACCUGAGCGGCGGCAAGGACGACCUUGAUGGUCUCCUCGACGUUUCCCACGGUGCCGACUGGAUCACUGUCUCCAACGUCUACUUCCACGACCACUGGAAGGGUUCUCUGGUUGGUCACUCCGACAGCAACGCCGGGGAGGACACGGGCAAGCUCCACGUCACCUACGCCAACAACCACUGGUUCAACAUCAACUCUCGCGCUCCCCUCGUCCGCUUCGGAACUGUUCACGUCGUCAACUCCUACUACUCGAAACUCUUGCUCACAGGCGUGAAUACGAGGAUGGGCGCCCAGGUUUUGGUCCAGAGCUCCGCAUUUGCCAACUGCCCUGCUGAGGCCAUCUUCUUUGCCGACUCAAAGCAGACUGGAUACGCUGUUGCUGACGAUGUCGACCUUGGCGGCUCCAAGAACCUUGCUCCUCAGGGAACGCUUACCGCGGACAAGCUCCCCUACAAGAUUGCUGCCAUCGGCUCCAGCAAGGUCGCCAGCACCAUCCCCGGCACCGCUGGCCAGAAGCUGUAA